UCUGAUUCUGUGUCUCUUCUUUUUUUCAAGUCAAUAGAGAUUUUUUCUCUUUCUUAUUACUGCAUCGAUCCAACUCUUGACUGAAUAAAUGCAUCAAAGAAUGGCUUUAACUAUUAUUACACACUCUCAUACUUAUCUCUUCUUUUACGUUUUCUCAUUUAUUUCCUCUCUUUUGCAAAAACUAAAAAAAAAAAAAAGUUUGAUUAAUAGGAUAGGAGGCCAUGACAGAUCAAAAUCCAAGAAUCAUCGUGGAGACGAAGCCAUCUCAAGCUCGUCUUGACGAACUAAAGUUCAAGUCAUGGCCCAAGUGGGGUUGUUCACCGGGGAAAUACCAUUUGAUAUAUGAAGCAGAAGAGAUUUGUUACAUUCUGAGGGGUAAAGUUAAGGUUUACCCUAAACAACCAUCGUCAUCAGAUGCAGAAGUUGAAUGGUGUGUGGAGUUUGGAGCAGGUGAUAUCGUCACUUUUCCAAAAGGGCUAUCGUGUACUUGGGAUGUUUCUCACGCUGUUGACAAACACUACAUUUUUCUCCACCAUUCUUAAUUCUUCUUAGCUGUUUUUUUCUUUCUCUUUUCUUUUGUGAUUCUUUUUUAUUUAUUUUGUAUUUCUUACAUUUUGUGAUUCGUAGUUGUUGUAUUCUGUGUUCUUUUUGUCGUUUGUUUCUAAGAAGAAAUAUACAUAUGUGUGUGCAUUAACAA